AUGGCAGCGGCGCUCCAGGCCGCAGGUUCUAAAUCAAAGAAUUGUGCGCAUUCUGCCUUCUCGUGCCUUGUUUUGGAAAAUCGACAUGAAUUUCGAAAGGUGCUGCUCACCGAGACCAAACUACGUCAACGUUGCUAUGUUUUUGGUUUGAUUCAAAUUGAGUGUGGAUCGCCCCCGAUGCGAUGCAGUUUGAGAUCUUGCCGAUAUAGCUUCGCAGCUUAG